AUGUGGCGAGUUUUAGUGGCUGGUGGUGGCCCAGCGGGGCUCUAUGUGUGCAGGAAUCUUCUUAAUUUGCCCCUGAAAAUGCACAUAGAUUUAUACGAAAAAUCACAGUCUCUGUAUGGAUUACUUUGCACGGGUGUUUCGCCGGAUAAAUUAUCACUCAAAUCAUUAAUUCCCUCCUUUGAUUCUACGCUUUCUAACCCAAAUAUUCGCGUUCAUUUGGGUCAGAAAGUGGGAGAGAUGAUUUCAGCAUCUGAAAUUGCAAUGAAUUACGAUUUUAUGAUAUUGUGUACUGGCGCCACGGUACCCAGGAACAUUAUAAUUUCGGGAGAAUCAAACGGGAGGGUAUUCCAGGCAUUGGACUUUUGCAACUAUUACAACGGAUUCGGUUCUAGAAACGCGGAAGAUAUCAUGCGAUGUUUGGGAAAUAACAAUGCAACCCAUGCUACGGUGAUAGGCAACGGGAAUGUGGCCCUUGAUAUAGCCAAAAUGCUGCUAUAUCCGCGCAGAUCCUUGGAACACACGUUGAUGUCCAAACACAUAAUCAACACUUUGCCACAACUGGAAAAGGUUUAUAUUGUUGGAAGAGGGGGUUGGAUUAAUGCAAAAUUCACUAAUGCGCAGUUAGGAUCUAUUGUAAAUUCGGAUCUAUUUCACCCUGUAAUUUCCCCAGCAAACUAUGAAAAGUCCAUUAACCUACAUUCAGGUCUUUUGUCUAUGGCUAAUACUACUUCUGGCCGUGCUAUAGAACGGCGGCGAAAGAUCGUCGAAAGGAUGGCAAAAAAUUACCAUAUCAACGGGAAAAGGAUAUUAGAAUUUAUUUUCCAUUCAAAUGUCACAAAAAUAUCGCAAGGAACGGCAAAAAUGGAUAUACAAAUAUCAAAUUGUGCAGAGCAUCCCAUAAAUGUCGAAUCUAAUGUCAUAUUUAAAGCUUUGGGGUUUGAAAGGGAUCAGCUGACUUUGGAUUUACUUUCCCGAGAAAAUGCUGAGAUAUUUAAGGCGAAUUGUUGCCACUUUGCGAGCGUUGGAUGGAGUAAAUUCGGUGCAAAGGGGGAUUUGUCAACCACAAUUUUGCAGGCAAAGGAGUGCGCUGAGUUUGUCAACCACAUAACGUCGCUAUUUAAACCGAAAUCUGGCAUAUAG